CCUAACCCUAAUCCUCUUUAAUAAAUACACAAAAAGCUACAUUUACUGAUUUCAUAUCCACCGGAAGCUGCUAUCUUCGUCGCACUCGCACCCAAACCAAAGCAACCACCGCCGUCGAUUUCAGGUCACUACCGCCGGCCGCCGAUUCACCACCUUCAGAGGAGAUGAGGGGAAGGAGUUACAGUCCAUCACCACCACCAAGGGGAUAUGGUAGGAGAGGACGGAGUCCUAGCCCAAGGGGUCGUUAUGGUGGUCAUAGUAGAGAUAGAGAUCUUCCUACAAGCCUCCUAGUUCGUAACCUUCGCCAUGAUUGCAGGCCAGAUGAUCUUCGCCGUCCAUUUGGGCAGUUUGGUCCUCUGAAGGACAUUUACCUGCCAAAGGAUUAUUAUUCAGGGCAACCUCGUGGUUUCGGUUUUGUCCAAUUUGUUGAUCCUACUGAUGCUGCGGAGGCUAAAUAUCAAAUGGAUGGUCACGUUCUUCUUGGUCGCGAGGUAACUGUUGUAUUUGCAGAGGAGAACAGGAAGAAGCCGUCUGAUAUGAGGCAAAGGGAGGGUCCAAGCUCCAGGGGUAGUGGUCGACAUCGUGAUCGAAGAGGGUCUCCUCCACGCUAUUCACGCUCUCCACCUCCACGUCAUGCAAGAUCUCGGCCCCGCAGCCCUUCUUAUGAUUCCCCUCCCCCAAAAAGAAGGGAAUAUUCGAGAUCUUUCUCACCCCCAGGGAGAAGGUACAGUAGAGAGAGAUCGUUUUCCCGAUCUCCUCCUCAACCAUAUAAUGGCUCAAGGGGCCGCAGUCAGAGUCCGGUUAGGGGUCCAAGCCGGAGCAGAAGCCAGAGUCCAAGGCAAAUUGGUAGAAGCUUGAGUGGCAGGCCACAAAGUCCUGAUCAUGAAGAUUACUCAAGGGAACCAAAUGGAGACAGGUCUCCUAGUCCAUGAACAAGUAGAAAGACUGUUUAAAUGUUUUUACUUUCAAAACUACUGUGAAGUACCUUGUUAUUCCGAACUUGAGAUUUAGUCUUGUAUUUUGGUUCCUUUAAUGUUUUGAUGUACUAUUUGAUGAGAUUUAAUCUAGGAUUCAGUAGGUUGAUGAUGUUUGUUUCAGUUACUCCUGUUAUGAUAUCAGUGAUCCUGAAGAAGCUUGAAUA